UACCGAAACAGUUUUGACGCACGGUUUCAGCCUGGCGGACAAAUACAGCUGACGCACCGCCUCUACAGCUCAAUGAUCAACCUCGCACCUCUACCAGCUCACAUCCCCCGGUAUCUUGUUGAGAGUGAGAGGUGAUAGAGAAGGAAAAGAUGGCGGGUGGCCCUGUCGCUUCUUUCAGGUCGGUGCCUGCAAGAACGGCAAGGACUGCAAAUACGCGCAUGUCAUCAACCCGAACUUCAAGCGCAGGGCAUGCGAGCCGUUUCUGACGGGCACCUGUAGGAGGGGCCAGCAAUGCACGUACUCUCACGCCAAAGAAGACAUUGACCUUCUACGAGCUACGCUAGGCGUCAAUGGCAGUACUACUGCGACCUUAUCCACGACUGCGAGGGAGUUCACAGAGUGGCGUUACCAGAUUCCAACCCCUGAGAUUCUCGCACGUGGCCCACCACGCAAGUUGGGGCCGGCUCUGCCCAAGUUCUUUCAGCAAGCCCGCCACCUUCGCCAGCGGUGAGGUGGGCUCGAUGCAGGAAGUCAUUGCUCUGCUCGCCUCUGCAGGCGGCUGUGUGCGGAUAAAGGAAGUCAGUGAGCAGCACUACGAUGACUUGGACGACGCUCAGCUGAGCCGCUUGUUCAACGGCCAGAUUCUACCUUUCUUGAAAGCCAUCACACACAAGAACGUCAUGGCUUCACUCCUUCUUGAACAGCGCCUGAUGACUAUCUACAACGUCCUAUACGGUGGUGACGGUCAACGUGCUGCAGCGCUCUUUUCUGCCGCGGUAAAGCACUUGCAAUGUCUUGGUCUCACGGAUCCCACCAACGGCAACGCUCCAAACACAGCUGCGAUCGAUGGCAUCGAGACGACUGUGAUAGCACUGCACAAACUCGUGGAAGUCAACACGCAAGCACAGGUACAUGACGGCUUGAAGACAGUGGCAGAGAUGAUCGCAGUCGUCAUCGGUCAAGACGUUCCCGAUGGCGUUCAAUACUACAUGUCUGCGGCUCGGAAGUACCUCUCUCGUGUCAACCAAAGGCUAGGCCUCGGCCAAGCACUUGCAGAGAAUCAAGGCCAGAAUGGGACCGCAGGCCCGCGGUUCACCUUCGAGCUAGCGCGCGAGCGUCCUGGUGCUUUGUCCGACGAUGGCCCAAGGCACGACAAUGACAAUGAGAACAUUUGCAACAUCUCCGUCCUUUCUACGCGGCAAGAGAUCGAGAGCUCUCGUACGGAAUACCUACCUCUGGCAGACCCCCGCGAACUACACCUUGGCGGGCUCGAGGGUCUCCUCGAUAUCCACUUUCGUCUGCUGCGUGAAGACACCGUUGGUCAAUUGCGCGACAGCGCUAAAAUUGAAUUGGAGAGACUGCAGAAUCCGCAGGCGCAGAACGGCGGCCACCAGCGUAAGCGCCAAGGAGCGCGGACAUUUGUUUACCAGAAUGUCGUCGUCUUGGACGUUACCUUCGACGCCCACGGCGGCAUGCAAUUCGCUCUGGGUUUCGACCAGCCGUCAACUCUCUGGUCAACAAGUGAGCAACAGCGCCGCGAGUGGUGGCAGAGCUCUAAGCGCUUGGGAAAUGAAGCUCUGGUUUGCCUACUCAACUCUGCGGGUGAGGCUAUAUUCCUGGUUGUUGUCCCGGAGCCGAAUUCUAGCAAGAAGGACAUGCAGACUGGAGAGAAGAUUGUCACACUCCAUGAGGAGUACAACCUUCAUGCGGAGAAGGAGCGAGCACACGUGAUUGCCCGCCCUGUGCAACAAUUGGAUAUCUUCCCAAUGCUCGAUCAUACCUUCGGAGACGGCAGUGAGGAGCUUUCGCUUGUCGAAUUUCCUGGCGUCAUACUACCGGCUUUCAAGCCCACGCUUGAAGCCAUGCAACACAUGAGCAAGUCGCCAGAAGACAUACCAUUUCGUCAUAUUCUUGCACCUGUUUCAACACCAACAAAUCCCAAUCGAGAAGUCGACGUUGAUCCACCAACGUACGCUACAAGGCCUGGGUUCCGUUACGAUCUUUCUGGAAUCACUCAUCAUGGGACUCCCUUCCAUUUCACUCCUGGAGAAGACAUCGAGGCCGCGACCGCCGAACUUACCUCCAAAUCUUCGCUCGACCAUAGUCAAGCUAGGGCAAUAAUUUCCGCGCUGUCCCGCAGUUUGGCGCUGAUACGAGGGCCGCCUGGCACGGGCAAGAGCUGGACGGUACUUCAGCUUGCCAAGAUACUGCUCGGUAACAAAGCUGCCGGAAGCCUCGGGCCCAUCAUUUGGGUCUGCUUCACCAACCAUGCUUUAGAUCAGGGUCUUGAGCGCCUCGCAGAAGAAGGGUUUCCCAACAUAGUUCGUAUCGGAGGAUCAUCAAAGCCUGAGCGUCUCAGAGAUCUGAAUCUAAGGGCUGUCGUCCAGUGCCUCGAUUUGACGAAGACAGAGAAGAAAGAUCGAUUCGCUUUCACGAAGAUGGUUGAUGACGAUGCCAGGGAGAUCAACCGUCUCCUAGUCAGUCUCGGCCGCCUUGGUGAUGAAGGAAUGAUGAGCGAGCAUCUCAAAUACUAUCAUCCGGAUGAUUUCUUCUUGUUGUUCAGUGAAACGGACGAGGAGGGUUGGCAGACUGUGGAAUAUACCCGCAACAACACCCCACUUCAGAAGUGGUUGAGAGGUGCUCCAUGGGGCGAUAACAACCCUCGCUCAGCCGGACAGCUGGCUGGAGUGCACGUCCACAGCAUGACUGGGCAAGAGCGCCGUCUUGUCUACACUUCCUGGAUGCAAGAGAUUGCCAGCGAUCUGCAAGAUAAGCUGCGGAGAGCACUCGCAGAGUACAAUGAGCACAAAAGCAAGCUGGACAUCAUCAGGUCUGACCUGGACCUCCGUGUGUUACAGCAAGCCAAUCUAAUUGGGCUUACCACGAGCGGGCUGGCGCGUCACCUUGGUCUCCUCCGCAAAACUGGUGCAAAGGUGCUCGUGUGUGAGGAGGCCGGCGAGGUGCUGGAGUCGCAUCUACUGACCGCUCUUUUGCCUUCAAUCGAGCAUGCCGUUCUCGUUGGAGACCAUUGCCAAUUACGGCCUCAUAUCCAGUCUUAUGACUUGUCGUGCGAAAGUAGGAGUGGCGCCCAGUACUCACUCGACAUAUCGCUGUUUGAGCGGCUUGUGGAGCCCAAAGACCUCAAGGCUCAGCCGCUGCCAUUCUCCACGCUGAAUGUCCAGAGACGCAUGCAUCCGUCAAUUUCUCAACUUGUUCGGAAGACGAUCUACCCGCAGUUACAAGACGCACCAUUGGUAGCCACCUACCCGGAUGUGGUUGGCAUGCGCAAGCGUACGUUCUGGCUGAAUCACGCACACAAAGAGAACGAGGAGGACGCUGGUGUUGGCCCAUCCAUGUCUCAUACCAACGAGUAUGAAGUGGAGAUGGUGGCCGGCGUUGCAAAGCAUCUCGUGCAACAGGGUGUCUACCGAUCGGAAGAGAUCGCGAUCAUCACGCCCUAUCUGGGGCAACUCCGGAAGCUCCGGCAAAAGCUGAGCUCCGCGUUUCACAUCGUUUUGAACGAGCGAGAUGUCGAAGAGUUACAGAGGGAGGGUGACGGUAGCCUGGAGGCGGUGACGGAGGAUGAUGCAGUUGUUCGCCGUGCAUCUAUCGCUCGAGGCUCUUUGCUGCAGGCCUUACGCGUUGCCACUGUGGACAACUUCCAAGGAGAGGAGGCUACGGUCGUGGUCGUGUCCCUGGUUCGAUCCAACGACAUAAACAAGCCCGGCUUCCUCAGAACUUCCAACCGAAUCAAUGUCCUUCUCUCGCGAGCCAAGCACGGACUCUACAUAAUCGGUAACGCCGACACUAUGGCUGAGGUACCCAUGUGGGCGGAAGUUCUUGACCUUUUCCGCACGGACGGGAAUUUCGGCGACGACCUUGGACUGUGCUGCCCACGGCACCCCCAGACUCCUAUUGUUGUCAGAAACCCGGACGACUUCGUUCGCUUGUCGCCCGAGGCUGGCUGCGACCUUCCCUGCACGAACAUGCUGCAUUGUGGACACGCAUGUGUGAGUAAAUGCCACGCUGACAUGCUUCACCAAGCAGUCUACUGCAUGAAGCCUUGCACGCGCCCCAAAGCAGGCUGUUCCCAUAACUGCCCGCGAGUAUGCGGCGAUUCUUGUCCACCGCAGUGUGAAGAGCUGGUUGAAGGCAUUGAUCUCAUUCUCAGAUGUGGUCACCAUACAGACGCUUUACCCUGCUUUCAGCAUCAAGACUCUUCGAAGGUGCUGUGCGACGUACUGGUGAAGCGGACGGUGCCGGGUUGCAAUCAUAAUGUGACUGUGCCCUGCUACGUCGACGUUGCACAACCUGAAUACCGCUGCCCUGCAAUCUGCGGUUCCUUGUUAGAGUGCGGCCACCCGUGUAAGAAGGCAUGCUGGAAGUGCCGCUCUAAAGAUGCAAAUGAUGGAGGCCCUGUUCACGUCAAGCACGGGGCUUGUAAGCAAGUCUGCAACCGGGAUUACAGCACCUGCAGCCAUCGAUGCAAUGCAACAUGCCACGGAGAGGAUCCUUGUCCGCUUUGUGUUGCCCCUUGUGAUAAUCAAUGCAUUCAUGGUCGAUGCAGCAAGAAGUGCUCUGAGCCUUGUGCGCCAUGCAUUGAGCCUCGUUGUGGUUCGCGCUGCCCGCACUCUCGGUGCAAAUUACCGUGCUCGGCCCCGUGCGAUUGGCUACCGUGCUCUCAACGCUGUGAGCUGCUGCUGGCUUGCGGCUGCCAAUGCCCGUCCCUCUGCGGUGAAGUGUGCCCGGAUGCAAAGUUCUGCCAGAGUUGCGCUUCCAACGAGAUUAAAGAGCAGAUUGUCGACAUGAUCAUGAUGGAGACAUACGGCGAGACUGACCUGGACCUCUACCCAUGCAUCUUCGCUGCGUGCGGUCACAUUUUCAGAGUCGACACCAUGGAUGGGGCGAUGUUCAUGCAGAACCACUACGUGCUGGACGAGCAAGGCACCGUUCUCGCAUUGAAUGAGAGCGUGGAACCAUUCUCUUCAGCUGAGGUCAAGGUGUGCCCAAGUUGCAGGGGCUCGCUUCGCAACAUUGCUCGUUAUGGACGCAUCGUGAGGCGUGCUUUGCUGGACGAGAGCGCGAAGAAGCUCAAGGCAUGGUCCGACCAGACCUACGCUGAUCUCACUGCUCGUCUUUCUGAGGAGCAUGAGUCGCUUCUAGUGACACUGGAUACAGUGAGAAAGCCGCAUCAGGACAUCAGGCUUAAUGGCUCGCCGUCUGACCAGGUCAAGUACAUAAAGCGUCUCAAGACGAGCAACCGGUAUCGCAAGCUUUUCACACUCCGCAGCAACAUCAAAGCCUUCGCUGACAGAGUACGCCAAGAAGAGCAGCCGUACCAGCGGGUGCGCGACUCCGUAGAGACUGUGAGGCGCCAGAACACUGGAGCCGAAAUCGCCGAGUUCAGCUUCUCCCACGACAUGCUUCAGAUGCGUGAGCGUCUUCAGGCUGUUUGCCUGCUUAUCCAGACUGACCUGGUAAUCAUCACGGAUGUCAUGAAGAUGCACGACAGGACUACCGCUGGCAAAAUCAAAGGCAUACUUCAGGUCGACUUCUCCCACAACCGCGCGCAAUGCGACGAAGUGGCCCACGAAGCAGUGGCAUCGCACAGUGUCCGCGAGGGCGUCCAGAGCCUUAUCUUCUGGGCCCGCUUCGCUGCCAUGCAAUGCGGAACGUACGACUACAAUGCCGAAGAAGAGAAACCUGGACUGCAAUUACGCAACGACGCGCUCAACCAAGGGGCGCUGGAGCACCUCCGCGAUGCCGAGGAGAUUCGCAACCGCUUCAACGGUGAAGCCGUGAAUCCUACGAGGGGACUCCGUGAUGAGAUCGUCGACGUACGCCGUAUGCUGAACGAGGGCUUGUCGGCGGGUGAGAUGCGGAUGGUGGUCGAAGUGAUGGCGAGGGAGUUCCACGGAACGGGGCAUUGGUAUCGGUGUGCGAACGGCCAUCCCUUCACCGUCGGCGAGUGCGGCAUGCCAAUGCAACUCGCCCGGUGUCCGGCGUGUGGGGCGGGUAUUGGUGGCGAGCAUCAUCGGCCGACGGAGGGCGUGGAGAGGGCGGGGGAUAUUGAGAGGCAGUUUGGUGGCAUGCAGUUGUAAUAUAUAGGCUGUGGAAAAGAAAGGGAUCGAGGGGCUUGGAGGAGGAAGGCUAGCUUUGUGCGUGGCAGAGAGGGACUUGAUUGCGAUGGAGUUGAGAGGAUGAGGACAGCAGUUC